UUACAACUUUAAGAACAGUGACAAUUCAUGUCGUAGCCAGACAAAACGCACAAAGAUUAGGGAGCAUGAUUGAUUGAUUGAUUUUACUUACUGUCAUUUCAAUUGAAUGAAGUGUUUCUUUAUUAUUAAUAUUGCUAUUGGAAUUUGGAAGAUGGACAUCUGUUGCUUAGCAAUGUCAUUAUAUAACCACAUUGAUGUGCUAUCAAAUCUAUCGAGACUAUCACACGACAGGUUUUUGCUACGAUGUAAUGCCCCUACAAAAAGAAAGAGAAAAAAACACACAGAUUGGGAUGUCAUAGCCGUAAAAUGAAGAGAAUUUUAAUAUUAUACGGAUAGAUAGCAAUGAGCCGAUGGAAAAUAAAUUGCUGUUUUCAACUACUGUAAUGGCUAAAAAAGAAGGUCCGUAAUCAACAAAUGCUCAGUAGAAAACAAGUGACUCAACAGCUUGUUUUGUUUUAGUGAUUAGAAAAUGUUUUGAUUUCUGAUGAUUAUAGAUACUUUUGGAUAUAGAGAGAAACCAAGAAUUUAAAAAACAUAAUUAUCACCAUCACCAUGUGGCAAUGCUUUGUGGAGUAGUAGCUGAUACCGAAGAAGAAGAUGAAAGAGAAGCUAAUCACUCUCCUUCCUUACCUUUAAAAAAGAGACCCACAAAGAUCGUCAAACCUCUGGCUCACAAACUCCAAUGCACUCAAACAUGUCAUGUAGUCUUCGCCAUGAAACUCCACUCUUUCCUUCUCGUCCCGCAAAAUUCCCAAAACCAAGACCCGAACCCCCCAUUUCUCUGAACUCGACCACCGAACCCUCAUUUUCUUCGAUAAAUCCUCCUCACAAUCCUUGCCAAUGCCAAACUUCCCUGUUUCAAUGCGAAAGAUGGCUUGGUACGUUCUCGAUUGGGGCUCACUUCAGUCAGGUAGGAAUAUUGAGUCUUGAGUCUUGACUAGCUAGUUUCCCACUAACACAAAGUAAAAAUGUAAUAUAUAAAUCACGAUGGUAAAAAUGAAAAUAUUAAGACUGUUAGUAUAAAUGAAAAUAGGUACACAAAUGCCCUUCUCGCUGAUGUGGCAGUAACGAGUAACGACUACUUUAUACCAUUAUCUUCUUCUGUCUGUGUAUGUGUUUCAGUGGCCAUAUCAUCAUCAUCAUCUAAUUCUUCAUGCAUGGCUUCUCUUCCUCUUCCUCCCAAUGCCAACCUUCAAACUCAAUUAUCUUUUUCCAAACCCACCCAAACCCUUUCCCCGAAUUUUCAUGAAAAUCACAAAAGCUUUCAGCUUUCUUACAAAUCUCACUGCCACCAAAUCUCUUCCCUCUGCAAACAAGGCCAAAUUCAAGAAGCUGUGGACUUGUUCACUAAAAUGGAGCUCGAGAAUCUUCAAGUCCAGCCUGAAAUUUAUGGAGAGCUUCUUCAGGGCUGCGUCUACGCUCGAGAUCUUUCCACUGGUCAGCAAAUCCACGCUCGGAUCAUCAAAAACGGUGAGUUUCUGGCUGGGAACGAGUAUAUCGAAACUAAGCUUGUGAUAUUUUACUCUAAAUGUGAUGCUUAUAGUGUUGCGAGUCGUAUGUUCCGAAUGGUGAGCUCAAAGAACGUUUUUUCUUGGGCUGCCAUUAUUGGAAUGAAUUGUAGGAUGGGUUUCUGUGAAGAAGCUUUGUUGGGUCUUCUUGAAAUGCUAGAUUCUGGGUAUGUUCCGGAUAAUUUUGUUGUUCCCAAUGCAUUGAAGGCAUGUGGAGCUCUUCAGUGGAUUGGGGUGGGGAAAGGGAUUCAUGGAUAUGCUAUAAAGAUGGGUUAUGGAACGUGUGUGUUUGUUAGUAGUAGUCUUGUGGAUAUGUAUGGUAAAUGUGGAGCUAUGGAGGAUGCACGGAUGGUUUUCGAUGGAAUUCCUGAGAAGAAUGUAGUAACUUGGAAUUCAUUGAUGGUUGGGUAUGUGCUAAAUGGGGAGAAUGAGGAAGCCAUUAAGUUGUUUUAUAAUUUGAGAAUGGACAGCGUCAAACCCACUCAAGUCACUAUAUCUAGCUAUCUUUCUGCUUCAGCUAAUAUAGGUGCUCCAGACGAGGGCAAGCAAGGGCAUUCGAUAGCAGUUGUUGAAGGGUUAGUAUUGACUGCCAUUUUGGGCAGCUCUAUCAUCAAUUUUUAUUCUAAGGUUGGACUGAUAGAGGAUGCUGAGUUGGUUUUCAGUCAGAUGGCUGAGAAAGACGCGGUCACGUGGAAUUUGAUCAUAUCAGGUUAUGUGCAAGUUGGAAAGAUUGACAAAGCUCUCGGUAUGUGCAGGCGGAUGAGAUCAGAGAAACUGCGCUUUGACUCUGUAACGCUUGCAUCUUUAAUGUCUGCUUCUGCAGAUACAAGUAAUUUGAAACUUGGCAAAGAAGGGCAUUGUUAUUGCAUUAGAAAUAACCUUGACUCUGAUGUGGUUGUUGCAAGUAGUAUAGUAGAUAUGUACGCCAAAUGUAAGAGGAUUGAUUGUGCAAGAGGAGUUUUUGACUCUGUAACCAAGGCAGAUCUUGUACUCUGGAACACAAUGCUGGCUGCAUAUGCAGAGUUGGGUCAAAGUGGUGAGACCUUGAAACUCUUCUAUAAAAUGCAGUUAGAAAGUGUGCCACCAAGUGUUAUAUCAUGGAACUCGAUUAUUUUAGGAUUUCUUAAGAAUGGCCAGAUUGAUGAGGCCAAAGACAUGUUUUUGCAGAUGCAGUCUCUUGGUAUUCAGCCUAACCUGGUUACUUGGACUACUCUCAUCUCUGGUUUGGCUGAGAAUGGCUUCGGCUUUGAAGCGAUUUUUGCAUUCCAAAAAAUGCAAGAGGCCGGAAUUAGGCCAAAUUCACUAACCAUUGUCUCUGUGCUCUCAUCUUGCAUAGAUAUGGCAAUGCUGCAAUAUGGGAAGGCAAUUCAUGGAUAUGUAACAAGACAUGUCCUUUGCGGCUCGGUUCCACUUGCGACUUCUUUAGUGGACAUGUAUGCUAAGUGUGGUAAUAUAGAUAAAGCAAAGAGACUUUUUGAUAUGAUUGAAGAAAAGGCGGUUCCCAUCUACAAUGCAAUGAUCUCCGGUUAUGCAUUACAUGGUCAAGCAGUGGAAGCUCUUGCAUUGUAUAAACGUUUGGAGGAAGAAGGUAAGAAACCAGAUUCCAUAACCUUUACUAACGCCUUAUAUGCCUGCAGCCAUUCAGGCCUGGUUAAUGAAGGUUUGGAGCUUUUUGCUGAUAUGGUAUCGAAACAUCAUCUGAAGCCUAGUAUGGUUCAUUAUGGCUGCAUGGUUAAUUUACUUUCUAGGUGUGGGAAUCUUGAUGAAGCCUUUAGGCUUAUCAACUCUAUGCCUUUUGAGCCAGAUGCACAUAUUUUUGGAUCAUUACUAGCUGCCUGUAGAGAACACAACAAUACUGAUUUAACAAAAUAUUUGUCUGAAAAGCUAUUAGAGUUGGAGCCAGAUAAUUCAGGAAACUAUGUGGCACUUUCAAAUGCAUAUGCAGCUGUUGGACAGUGGGAUGAGGUAGAAAAUGUGAGGCAUUUGAUGAAAACAAAGGGCCUGAUGAAGGUUCCUGGCUGUAGUUGGAUUCAAAUUGGAGAAGAAUCUCAUGUCUUUCUUGCAGGUGAUCAAUCACACCCCAAAAUUGAGGAAAUCAAUUUGACAUUGGCUUUAUUAGGAUCACAAAUUUUGUGUACAUAAUUUUCCUACAUCGAUUCUAAACUAGCUUCAUUAAAGAAUUCUAGCUACACAAAGUGGCUACAAAGUUUAUAUUGGUGGUCAACUAGAAGAGUUUCUUUAGGUCAGUGUCUUCUGCCAAGUGUUGCUGACGACAUACUAUCUCGGACUUGUGUAAUUACAAACAGCUCAUGUACCAUGUCAAUGGCCAAACAUUACCUUUAGAAACCAUGCCAUCAAUGGGGACAUGAAUUUUGACUUGGACUUUGAAAGAGAAAGGAUUUAAAAGAUGUCCACACAAUAUAAGGUCGAAGUUGUAUUUCAGAACACCUGCACCUUCACUUAAGAAAGCCAUGUAAGUUGUUGCAAAGCAGAAUGUGACAUGCCUAGGCAUUCUGUGCUUGUACAGCUUGUAGCAAGAGCCUCAAGUGUGAUAUUAAUAAUAGUCGCAAAAUGAUUCUGGAAA